CUGAAGGAGAGGGACGGAGGGCUUUAAAGAGCAUGGGCCAGGAGGGGAAAAGAAGGGAUGAAAAAAGAGAAGAGAAUUUGAUGGCAGGAGGCAGCUCACACAUGACCAUCACCAUCGCUCCCUUACAUCCCUAUCUCUCUUUCCCUCGCUCUCUCUCUCCUCCUGCAGCUGUGGCUUUCUGAGCAUGCCUCUUCACCAUCCAACGGCUGAGCGCACACGAGUGGGGGAAGGAAGAGAGGCAAGAGAGGAGGAGCGAAAAGAGAUUCCAGCAGACCUAGUUUGAGAAGGCACAGACAAACAGAACCUCGAGUAGGAGCAAGGAGGGCAAAUAUUUAGAGAUUUUCACAUAAGAGGACAUUUGAAACAGGGAGAGUUGACAAUGCUGUGACAAUGUGAUGGCCAUUCGCAACUCCUUUUCGGAGGGGGAAAGAAGAUGACACAGGAGGGAAAAGGGCUUUUCGUUGAUGGCCGUGUGUGUCUCAAUGGGCAGUAGGGCACGUCCGGCAUUCGAGGGUUGACCGCAUUCCUGUGGACAUUCUAGGACACACACCUGAACAGAUAGUUGAUCAAAGGGACACAUUAUUUUUAUUGUUCCGCAUGAAGAGCUUUCGGUUGUCAAGGGGAGAGCAUCUUUGAAGUGAGAGCACUUGUUAUUGAAAAGGACAAGAGGCUUGUUGUUUUUCAGGGAUUCAACUUGAAAGAGAAACUUUUAUCAGUCCUUUCUUUUUGAGGUUACACACACAGGUUCCCUUUUAUGACUCAAAAGGGGAGUUCGAGGGAUGAUUUUGUGGGUCAGUGGAAAGAGAACAUUGGAAUCGCAGUUGUUCAUUUCCUUUUGUCAACACAAUAUAUUGGGAAUAUCACAGAGUUGGGAACGUGUGAGGAUUACAAUGGAGACGAAACCUAUAAUUUUUUGCAGUGGAUAUCCAACACUCAGAUAAUGAACCCUAUCCAUCAUGUUUUUUCACUCCGUGCCACUGUAUGGAAUUAGUGCUGGAGUUCCCAAUUCCACAUUGGCAUCCAACCGGAAAUGUAAUGCUGCGAAUCCUUCUGAUUGAUUAUGACUAGAGACGUAAGUGUAAGUGCAUUGCUGAAACCAUUGCGCUUUUUCUUACUGCUCGGGAAGAGCUUUUUAUGCGUCAACUUAUCUACAAUGUACAACAUCUAAAAUGAUAUCAACCUCUGACAGAAUUACAAGAACAUUAAAGUAAUACAAGAGCAAUUCCCAGUUACUGCAGAUACUAAAGGACUACAAAUCAAUGACGUGGAGGUAUUGUGUUUAGAGUGUAGAGUUUUAGAGUUAGGGCAAAAAAUAUUAUUGUCAGUAAGGAUUUUUUUUAUUUAUUACAUUCCCUAGGCAGCAAUGCGGUUUCAAAGUUACUCUGCUUGAUUGUUUCCCUGCUUGCUAAGUACUGAAUAGAGGUAGAAGGAUAACUAUUCAUAUUUACGAGGGUAUUUUGGGGGAAAUGAUGGCCGGUCAUGCAAGUGGAUCUGACUUUGUACUCAUCUGAUGGGACUAAAACUAUCUGAACCAACUGGUGGUAUAUACCUGAUUCAACCAACAGGACUAAAAUGAACUGAUGAACAGAGACAGUUACCACACAUUUAUUAUAAUACGCAACCCUCUUUGAACCAAGGUUUUUGCUUUGACCCACAACCUUCAUUUAUUUUAUAUUUUAUUACAUUUUUUACAAUUUUUUCUUGGACCGAUGUCUUUUUCUUGGAACUUCAUUUUCCUUUGACCUGUGUUUCGUCCUUUCUUCUUGGAUCUUGGUUUCACUUCUUUCUUGGACCUAUUUUUCUCUUUGACCUUCGCCACCUGGUCAGUAUGGUGCCACCACCGCCCGCCAACAAGCCUCAUAUGUGCUUGUCGGCCAUCUUGAUCAUGGGUAGCAUGGUGCUGAUGGACGCCUACCUGGUGGAGCAGAACCAGGGGCCCAGGAAGAUUGGUGUGUGCAUCAUGGUCCUUGUGGGGGACAUCUGCUUCCUCCUCGUCCUACGCUACGUGGCCGUGUGGGUGGGUUCCGAGGUGCGGACCUCCAAGCGUGGCUACACCAUGAUCCUAUGGUUCUUCUACGUCUUCGUCCUGGAGAUCAAGGUCUACUUUGUCUACCAGAACUACAAGGCCGAGGACGGCAAGAGGGGAAGUUUGGACGGUUGGACUGGCGGCGGCGUGGACGGGGUGGCACGGAAGGCGCUGACAUUGCUUCUGUCCAUCUGUGUGCCCGUGGUCUACAUCACGUUGGUGGCCAUCGACCACAUGGAGUAUGUGCGGCCGCAGAAGAAGAAGGAGGAGAUCCGGUGUCGACUCUUCUGGGUGGUGGUGGACUUGCUCGACGUCCUGGACGUGCAGGCCAACCUAUGGGAGCCUCAGAGGAGAGGGCUCCCCCUAUGGGUAGAGGGACUCAUGUUCUUCUACUGCUACAUCCUGCUGCUGGUGCUGCCGUGUGUGUCGCUGAGCGAGAUCAGCAUGCAAGGGGUGAACAUUGUGCCCCAUAAGAUGAUGCUCUACCCGAUUCUCAGCCUGGUGACUAUUAACAUUAUCACUCUCUUCAUUCGAGGCGGGAACAUGGUUUUCUAUAGGGACUCGAGGGUGUCUGGGAUACUGAUGGGUAAAAAUGUGAUCGCCAUUGUUCUUAAGACGUGCAGUUUUGUCCAGUAUCGGAGGCAUCUCGGCGAGGUCCCGUCUCCCGCCCUUGGGGUAGAGAUGCAGAAGAAUUGCGUUGUCCACGGCCCGAAAGUGACUAUGCCUGUGCCCAUGCCGAUGCCCAUGCCACCCCAAGUAGUGAUUCAAGACUUCACAAAGCUUCCCGAAGAGAUGGUGUAUGUGAGUGACACAGAGGUUGAGCAAACGUGACAUAGGUCUUGGUGAGGAAGUAAUAAAGAUACAUAACAUAUUAUAAGCUUUAUUAUAGGACAUUAUAAAAGACUAAUUCAUGCGUAUAACAAGUUAUUAAGCAUGAUGCCUGCAGGGUUUCAGUAAAGUGUUACCAGAACAGUUGACACAAGGAAGCACUGUGUAGGGUCACGACAAGGUGUUGCACCAUUUCCUAGGACAAGGGAGGAAAUGACUAUAGGGAGAAGUGAAUGUGUGUCCCCCAAUGAUGAUGAUCUAAUGGAGAACAAAAAACAAAAAUGAAACGAUCUUCUUAAGGAUCGGACCCUUUUUUGAAAUCUUUGCCUAAAAUGACAUACCGAAAUCUAACUGCCUGUAGCUCAGGACCUGAAGCAAGGAUAUGCAUAUUCUUGAUACCAUUUGAAAGUAAAAACUUUGAAAUUUGUGGAAAUGUGAAAUUAAUGAGGAGAAUAUAACACAUUAGAUCUGGUAAAAGAUAAUACAAACAAAAAAACAUGUGUUUUCAUUUUUUUUAAAUGCAAGAGAAAGGCCAUUAAAUCGCAUAGGAGUUUAGGCGCAAUUUAUAUUAUGGCCACCAGCAGUGUUUGUGCAAAGUUUCAGACUGAUCCAAUGAAGCAUUGCAUUACUGCACAAAAUGCAAUUGUAUCAAGUCUGCCCAAAUGUGCCGAAUUGGUCAAUUGAUACAUUUUCAAGUACAUAACUAUAGAGAACAUACAAAAAUUAUAUGAUAAUAAAAUAUUUCAAUUUACACACUCCCAGGAAUGUUAUGAUGGAUAAUUAGCUUCCCUAAAGAAAAGACACUAACCUUCACACAUCUAGAUGGCCAGGUGUGGUGGGUGUGGGGCCAGACACAGCAGGGGUUCAAAUUGUAGAACCCUGUUUCUACAUUUUAAUAUAAAAAUUGAUUUUAUCAAACAAAACUACGCUACAUUUUAUCUCUGGGACCCUCAGCAAGAUUACUGAAUGUAACUACAUUAUUUACCUUCUGAGGUGAAUGUAUCAAACCAGUUGCCGUGAUACAUUUUUUGUUGUUGUUGUGCACUCCUCAAACAAUAGCAUGGUAUUUUUUCACUGUAAUAGCUACUGUAAAUUGGACACUUCAGUUAGAUUAACCAGAAUUUAAGCUUUCUGCCCAUAUAAGACAUGUCUAUGUCCUGGAAAGUUGGCUGUUACAUACAACGUCAGUCUAGUCACAUUAGCGCACGUUAGCAACAACCGUCCCGGUAUAGGGACACCGAUCCCCUAGAGGAAAGGGAUACUUAUAUUUUAAUAAGAUGUUGUGCAGAACAAAGUAUGAUGUAUCUUUUAAUUUGGGGAUGAUUUGUGUCUCUUUGUGCACCUGUAAAACUACCUAAAAAUAUGAAUAUGCUGGAUAAAGUAAAUGAAAGACAUUCCGCACACUCUACUGAUCAUUUCUGUGUUUAUUAUUUAUUUCAGCAUUGUAGAGGCAGUUCAAUGAACAGUAGAGUACUUUCACUCUGACCGGUCCUCCUUUCCAAACUGUUUUUGUUCUAAUGCUGUUUGAGUGUCAAUGUGAACAUUUACAUUUUAUAUUUAAGUCAUUUAGCAGAUGCUCUUAUCCACCAUUUGUAUUGACUGACUUAUCUUUGAUAAAUGAGCCCUGCAUUGAAAGAGUUCAGGUUGUGAUUGUUAUGUAUUUUGCAUUCAAUUAAGCGAUAUGCGUAACACUGAAGAGCUUUAAAAGAAAAAGGAACAAUUUGAAGCAUUUUCUUUUCCAAUCAUUUUUUAUUUUACUAAGAGAAGUUGACUUUUUUCCUUAGACGAUUUCUUACUGUUCACUGUGGUCAACAAAAUAAGAUUGAAGAAAAUACUUUAAUGCGAUACGUGUCUCCGAAAAUAGGCCUUUAUCAAAUAUGUAUUGAAAAUAAAAAUGAGCGAUAUCUGCUAA